UGAACGAUAUUCAAAUUUAAUUUAUUGCUUUUACUCUCUAUAGAUAGACAAUUUUUAAGCAACAUUAUCGUUGGAAAAUCUCUAUAGUUUGAUGAAAAAAUAAUAUAUACGUGUGAAAUAUAAGUCGGCUCUUGUUCAUAAAAACAUGAUGUAGAAAAGAAUAUAUCACGUAAAAAGUUAUUUCAUAUUUAGCAAAAAUAUAUUCAUGUAUAAUAUUGUUCAAAUUGUUCUCGAACGAAAGAAUCGCGUGGUAAAAAAAUUGAUCACGUACAAUGAUACAUGUUUCCACAAAAAAUUUUCUUCGUAUAAUUACAUCAUGUUUUAUGUCAAUCUAGAACAUUAUUUUUUGAAAUACUAUUUUAUUUUUCAUAUUCAAUUGAAAAACACCCAUUAAAUUAACAAUUGGUGAAAUUUCCAUGUUAAAUCGGUAUGUGUUCGAAAGCACGCCAAAAAUUCUACGCGAAUGGAAAUAAUCGUUUGAGAAUGGAUUUGUGAGGGUAUUUGGAAAAGUAGCACGAGAGACUGCCAAUGUAGCAUUUGGCAACUACGUUUGACAUGCGAUCAUAGAAAUGGAAAGCAACAGAGUGAGUAAAAGAACAGAAUAUCGGAGAGGGAGGAGUAUAAGCGUAAAGAAAGAUAGAUAGAGGGAGAAAGAGAGAGGGAAAGGGAGAGUGGAAGGACGAGAAAGUGACAGCUUGGUUAUAUUUUUGAAACUGAAAAGCCAGUCCGUGCGUGUCUCUCUGUAAGGGAUGAUGUCGGAAGUGAGAAUAUAGAAAAUCUUCGUUGAGUACCAGUACACAAGCUCUUUAUACAAAAAUGACACCAGUAGGCACAAGUCAGAAAUUAAACAUCUUCAUGUCAUGGAUGGUUCUCAUACUAAGCGUUAUUUUAACGGCGAAUGCUGCAAAUCAAACCAGCUUAAAAUUCGUAACAGUAAUAUUUCGACAUGGUGACCGUGCACCUGAUCCACCCGAAAUGUAUCCUAAUGACCCUUAUUACAAUGACCCUUUUUAUCCUGUGGGUCUAGGUGGAUUAACUAAUAAAGGAAAACUUCGAGAAUACGAGCUCGGUGAGGUCCUACGUAGAAGGUAUUUCGAUUUUUUAGGCGGCGUCUACGUUCCUGAGUCAAUUUUAGCUCAAAGUACCGACUAUAAAAGGACAAAAAUGUGCUUGCAAAUUGUCCUCUCGGCUCUUUAUCCACCUGGAACUUUUCAGCAGUGGAAUAACCAACUCAAUUGGCAACCUAUCCCCACAACAUACUGGCCUUCUGAAGAAGAUUGGUUACUCAUACCAGAAGAAUGCCCCGAGUAUAUUGAAGAGCGUAAAAAGGCGGAAAAUUUGCCGGAAGUCAUCGAAAAAGUCGAAAAGUUUCGAGAUUUCAUGAGUAAUUUGACUAUAUUAACUGGAAAGAACAUCAGUGGAACAUACGACUUUUAUCUGCUUUAUCACAUUCUCACUGCCGAACAAUCAAUGCAACUGCGACUACCUAAUUGGACUGAGGGUCUUUUUCCUCACGGAAAACUAUUAGACGGCAUACUUUUGGAAUACGAAAUUUUUAGUUACACACAAAAAAUGCGACGUCUUAAUGGCGGUAAAUUGUUAUACAGUAUCUUAAAUGAUAUACAAGCUGUGAAGGACGGUUCCAUUGGCGGUCGUAAAAUCAACCUUUACAGUGGCCAUGAAACAAAUGUAGUCGCCUUAUUGCAGACUUUAGGAGUUUUCAAGUACCAUGUGCCUCAAUAUGGCAGUGCUGUUAUUGUAGAACUUCAUGAAAUCGACAAUCAGUAUUAUAUGAAGAUAAUUUAUUACCUUGGAAUACCGUCCACAAUAGAAGUGCUACAAAUUCCAGGAUGCGAUGAACUUUGUCCAUUAGAACAGUUUAUUGAUUUAUUGAGUGAUGUAACGCCGUCUAGUGAUGAAAUAUUAUGUGAUAAAUCAAAUGUAGAGACAUACACGUCGAAAAUGACCGUUAAACCAAAAAACUCCGCACAGGGUAGUUCAACUGCAUGAGUGUGGUUUAGCUUUGUUUAGCAAAUGUUUAUUAGCUGAUAAAAAUUGUUUAGCUUUUAAAAUUAUAGUGAUGGAUUACUGAAUAUACGUUAAAACCAUUCAAUAAAUUUUCUUAAAACAAAAUCUCAUUAACGAUUAUUUUGUAAAUCACAAAAUAGUCAAUGAAGAUGUUAAUAGGAAAGGGUGGUAACGUAUUCUCUCUUUGUUGAAUGUAUCAUUAAUAGAAUUAAUUCAAACUUAUUGAAUUAUGUACAAUAAGUUUUAUAUAAUGAAUUUCAUGUUCAUAUACCGAUAUUAACGAAGUUCUUUUCAUUAUUUGUAACAAUUAGUUGAAACGAGUAAAAUUAAGUUAGAUACUAGAAAUGGAAGUUGUUUUAGUUGUAAAAGUGACAAGAACUUUUACAGAAAAAGAUGAAUUAUUAAAUUUAUUAUAACUAAUUUUAUACAAUGCUCAUAGUACAUGUUUCGCUUGUCUGAAAUGAUAAUUUUUUUUAUUAAAUAUAAUAAUUAUUUAACUUUAAUACUCUCAAUAUUGUUUAAAAAAUUAAAUAUACAACCGAGCUGUAAGAAUUAAUGUGUAAUCCAAGUAAAGUGUUGUGUUCAAUAAUACCUCAAUUUUUGAUAAACAAGAUUAUAUUUAAUGUAGUAGUGAAUUAAGAAGCUACCACGCGAAAUAAAAGUGAAUAUUCAUAAAAUUGAAUUGAAUUAAAUUUUCAAAGAAAGUAAAUUGAAAAUCAAAGCGUCUAUGAAAUAUGAGUUUUAUUGAAGAAUUUUAUUGAAGAUUUAAUUCUCCAAUAGGUUAAUUUGUACAAAGGCACUGUCACUAAAAAAUAUACACUAUUAAAAACCCUUUCUUUCGAAAUUAUAUGUAAAUUAGUGUAAUAUGUUUUUGAAUAAAUUACAAUUUAGUAUUCACCGUUUUGAAACAUUAAACUUAGUACUAAAUUAAAUUUUGCAUAUUAACGAGAAAUAUUAUUUGAACAUACGUCAUUUCACUUCGUCCGUUAUGUUUACGUUCUAUUGAAUUCUGUUUAAACGCUUUAUUAUGAAACCUUUAUUCUUAAAUAAAGAAACUAUUAUAACAAAAUACUUCGUCAUCUAUUCACGUGAAGUAUACGAUGUUUUAGUUAUCCGUAUAUGUCAUAUCAAUCAAUUAUUUGCACGUAAAUACUUUAAUAUAUUUAUACCAAUGAAUUUAUCCGUUAAAGAUCUAUCUGCUUUUAUUGGGAUGUGUUGAUUAUGAUUUAUGAGCAUAUUUAUCGUUAUGGACUGUCAAAUGAAUAAUCGUAUUCAAGUAUCAUGCAUACUCAAGUAAAGUUAAAAUUACUGGAUGUGAAAAGUUGAAAUGUCUAGAUUUCUUUAUAAUUAAAAGAGUAUUUAUGUAUAUAGGACUUAUAGUCCUUUGAUUAAUAAUAAUAAUAGCGUGAGACGGAAGACUGGUGAUUAGAUAAUAAAAAUUGUUCUACGAAACAUAGAUAUAUAUCUUGCGCUCUGUAAAUUUAUCGAUAGAAACAUUCAAAUAUGUUAACUUGAUGUACUAAAUCAGAUGUAUUAAAAAACUACUACUUGCGUAAGCUUACCCAUAAUACUCGACUCAGAAUAGUAACGACGUUCGUAAUAUACGCAUCGACGUCAUGCUGAUGGGAUGCAAUGUAAGUAAUCGUCAUAGCCAUGUCUUAGAUUGUAUUACAUUGUAUCAGAAUGUCAUAAAGCAGAUAAGUCAAAUGUUCCACUGAUGUUCUUUC